CCUGGUAACACUUCAAUCAGUUGAUAGGUUAGCGACACGCAGGUGCGUCGCCGUCUCUAAAGUUACAGCUGAUGACCUUGAAUUAAUAAACAAAACAAUUAUGGAUUUCAACGAUAAAGUUAUCCUUAUAACUGGUGCUAGUUCGGGUCUGGGUGCAGCAACAGCGAUCUACUUAUCAAAAUUAUCAGCGCAACUUGCCCUUGUAGGCCGCAAAGAUCCAAACCUAAAAAGAAUAGCCUUAUACUGCGAGAAAAGUAAAGGUAUUAAACCUCUUGCUAUAACCGCUGACGUCACAGAAGAACUUGAUGCUGAAAGAAUAAUAAAAGAGACUGUCGAUCACUUUGGAAAACUGGACGUUUUGGUGAACAACGCCGGCGUUAUUGGAAUGGGCGGCGUCAAGAAUUCUUCAAUGGAAACCUACGACACGGUUAUGAACACCAACAUGAGAUCUGUGUAUCAUUUGACGAUGCUAGCCACUCCUCAUUUAAUAUCAAGUAAGGGUUGCAUCGUGAACGUUUCGUGUAUCGCGAGUUCCAAGCCUAGUACGAUGGCCUUAGCAUACAAUAUCUCCAAGGCUGCAUUAGAUCAUUUCACCAAAUGUGUUGCCUUAGAGUUGGCGCCAGAUGGCGUAAGAGUCAACUCUGUGAACCCGGGAUUUGUGAAAACUAAUUUACUGAAAGGUAUCGGUCUUACUGACGAUCAGUUGGCAUUAUUUGUAGCUAAUGUUGUAGGUAAUAUGCCUAUGAAAAAGGCAGUGGAAGGUGAUGAAGUGGCAGCAUUGAUUGCAUUUUUGGCUAGCGAUAAAGCAAAAAGUAUUACUGGAUCAAACUACAUAUUGGACGGCGGCAGUUCCUUACGCUAAAUAUUUUUUGUUAUUUUAUGAUUGUUUCAAAGGAAGCGAUGUAUACUGUAAAACUAAUUUAUUAAUCUUGAUCUUUAUUUGAGCAUUUGUUACUCGAUAUUUGUGUCUCGAGAUUUUACUAAUUAAGCAGUUUUUUUUUCGUUUUAUUUUGCUAUUCUAUGUAAAUCAAAGCUUUAUUUUGAACGUAAUAAAAUGAUUAUGCUAAGCUUAAAGUGAACACUGUUUACUGAAUUAAUAAUCUCCAUUUUUAUUAAAACAUAUUUUUAUAAGUUUUAUGAGCUACCUAGUCAGAUGCUUUCAGUAUAUUUUUAUAGAAAAUGUUAUUGUUACCAAACUAUUAUAAAUCAUGUGAAGAUUGUAUUAUUAAAAAAAAGAAAUAAAUAAAUUUAAUUACUACGA